AUGCUCAAAUCGACACUGCAGUCCUCUCACAACCAAAGCUUCACAUUCAUCACCCAAACGCCAUUGAAUAAAUCUAAAGAGAAUCAAAGACUUGUAAGAAGUCGUGCCCGUUCUAACUCGGCUCGAAAAGAUCAAAACCAGGUCACAUCAUGGAUACUAAACCAAAAGGAGACAAGCAUGACUUUGCAGGUUCCUGAUGGAACCAUACCAGGUCGCGUUGGGACAAACUUCUCUUUACUUGAUUUUCCUGAGCCGUUGCAAGCAUACAUGGAAAAUGAUAUUUUUCGAUCAUUUCAUGGUAUGAGAGGAUCAUUAUAUCCCACUGAAAUAUGUCUCCAAGUCGAUGAGAUGAAGUCAUCCUGGACUACAAACCUCCUAGUUGACCAAGUAUACUUCCACUCCAUAAUGUUUUCGGUAGAAGCAUACUUUGACAUGCUUCUCGGGCGAGAAUACGGCAGUCUUGCACACUUUCACUUUUUGAAAACUCUCAGGCUUCUUCAGGCACGAAUAAACAGUCCUACACACCCAAGGUCUAUUUCAGAUGCUACUAUCAUGGUAGUUGUUAUUCUGGGUCUGGCAGCCGAGAUGCUAGGCGAUAGGAUAGCAGCUGGGAAUCACGCUGCUGGGAUGGCGAGGAUAGUGGAUUUAAGGGGAGGACUUGAGAUGCUGAGGUUUGACAAUCCCAGAUUACCGGCCAAAGUUUGCAGAGUCGAUAUUGGCCUAGCCCUUCGCUUCGGCUGCAGGCCAGUAUUUUUCGACAAAGACAUAUCCUGGAAUCCAUACCUUUCCAAUCAAGGUUUAGUCCGCCGUAAAAAGAAGCAUCUGGAUGCAAACCACGAUAUGGUAGCCUUUUUGAAAACUCUUGAUCCUAGAUUAUCACACGUAUGGAGAGAUCUUGAAGAGUUCGCAAAGCUCAGCAACAUUGCCAGUCAAACUGGUCGAAAACUUCAACCCAAUAUCUUUAGCGAAGCCAUGGUAUCUAUUCUUUACCGACUGCUCGCUCUAUCCCCCGAAUCAGCUUCAGAAAACGCUUUUCGACUUGGAAUGAUGAAGUUUGCUGCGAGUAUCUUCUUUCGAUGGAGAGAUAUGAAGCAAAGACAAGCAUAUCUAGAUGAGUCUUUCAGGCAUGCGUUAAGAGAGUUGCAGAAGGUUUCGGUUCAGCCGCCUAGUACUGUUAUUCUGUGGCUUCUGGUGAUUUGGAGAACAAAUUCUGUUCAUGAUAUCUGUGAUGAAGCUAUUGAGGAGUGGUUCUUGGAAGUCAUGGGCGACUUUGGGAUAUAUUCAUGGCUAGAACUGCAUAAGGUCUUGAAGUCUGUUCUCUGGGUUGAUUGUCUGUUUGAUGCCUCAAGCAAGCGAAUUCUUGCACCGAUACUAGAGGAGGCUGCUAGAAAAGAGUUCGAGAUUGACUCAUGA